CAGCCAUUUUCCGGUUGCCAAGGCGACGGAGGGGGCGGGGUCGAGUCUUGUUCGCGCGAUGACGUCACCCCCUACGUCCACGUCGCCUCCAAGAUGGCGGCGGCCGAGGAAACGUCGACUGGAGGCGAAGUAGGCCCGAAGCCUCCGCUGGUGUUUGCAGGCCUGGCGGAUGUCUCGAUCUCGGAGGACAUCCCCGUGGAGGGAGAGAUCACGGUCCCGGUGGGCGCCCGCUCUCCCGAGGAAGACCCCUCCACGCUGGAUGAGCCCGUCAAGGACACCAUUAUGCGGGAUCUCAAAGCGGUUGGGAAGAAGUUUGUCCACGUCAUGUACCCCAAAAAGAGCAGCGCCCUCCUGAGAGACUGGGAUUUAUGGGGGCCGCUGGUCCUGUGCGUGUUACUUGCACUGAUGCUCCAGGGAGGGGCGGCCGACAGCACCGAGGACAGAGGCCCGCAGUUUGCGGAGGUGUUUGUCAUCAUCUGGUUCGGGGCCGUUGUCAUCACACUGAACUCCAAACUGCUUGGGGGAACCAUCUCCUUCUUCCAGAGCCUGUGCGUGCUGGGCUACUGCGUCCUGCCCUUGACGGUGGCCCUCUUCGUCUGCCGGCUGGUGCUAAUCGCCAGCGCCGGGACCGUCGGCUUCGUGGUGCGGCUCUUGGUGGUGACCGCCAUGUUCGGGUGGUCGACGCUCGCCUCCACAGCCUUCCUGGCCGACAGCCAGCCUCCGAACCGCAAGGCCCUGGUGGUCUACCCCAUCUUCCUUUUCUAUUUCGUGAUCAGCUGGAUGAUCCUCACCUUCACGCCGUGACGGAGGCACAAUCCGCAAAGGACUUUGGAAACUUGACUUUGCUUGGCCGGGGCUUUGGUUUCCCUUCCAUUUGGUCUUAGAAGUCUCUCUCAUCAUUGGGCCCCAUAUCUUCAACCUCCUCUUCCAGUUGGGUCUGUAUCAUUUGCAUCGUGGAAGUUGUUGUUUCUCAUUCGGCUUCCUGCUGAAUCCGAGUUUUUCUGAAGAAGGUGGAAGAACAAGACACAAAUCCUAAACCUGGAAGA